UGCACUCUCCUGCUCUAACUACAUUGAAUAGUCCAAAGAGCUGAAAUUUAUCAUAACGACCUUUGCAGUUGAAUUGUUAGCGAGACGAUGGCAUCGACGCAGGAGAAGGAAGAGAGAGCGGAGGCGGAGGCACGGCAAGCAGCGCGUGAUUUGAGUGAUGCUAAUAGACAAAGAGAGUAUGAAGAAAGGGGUAAGAUGGGGACCGCUGGUCACUAUGCGGAGCAGCAAGAAGAAAGGCCAGGCGUUAUUGGGUCUGUGCUGAAGAAAGUUGCUGAUACUUACGAACAUGCUAAGGAAGCUGUUGUAGGUAAGAGCCAAGAAUCUGCCGAGAAAACAAAAGAAAGUGCAUACACGGCCGCGGAGCAGGCGGGAGAGAAUAAAGAUUAUACUAGUGAGAAGGCGAAAGAGACUAAAGAUGCUGCUGCAAGAAAGUUAGAUGAAACGAAAGAAAGUGCUAAGCAGAAGGCAGGAGAGUAUGCAGAUAAGACGAAAGAAACCAAAGAUGCGACGAAGGAGAAGUUAGGGGAGUACAAGGAUCGUACAGCUGAGAAGGCACAAGAUACUACUGAAUCUGCGAAGGAGAAGGGAGAAGAAUAUAAGAAUUAUGCGGCGGAGAAGGCCAAGGAGAUGAAGGAUAAAACAGCAGAGAAGGCUAAAGAGACCAAGGAUUAUUCUGCUGAGAAGGCUAAUGAGGCAGCAGAGAAAGCAAAGGAAGCUAAAGAUUAUACUGCUGAGAAAGCUAAAGAGGGAAAAGAUACUGCUACUAGUAGACUUGGUGAACUUACCGAAUCUGCUAAAGGUGCUGCAAGAAGAGCUAUGGACCUUUUCUCCACUAAGAAAGAAGAGGCUAAAGAUAAAACAGUAGAGACUAAAGAAGCAGGCAAGGAGAAAUUAAGUGAAGCUGAGGAGGAAGCGAGACGAAAGAUGGAGGAGUUAAAGAUGGAAGGUGAAGAAUACAAUAAGGACAAGGACAUUGAAGCUGAAAGGGGAACUAGAGCUAGGGACACAAUCUUUGGCAACGCAGGGCUAGGAAGCAUCAAAGAGUCCAUUAAAGGGAAGCUUCAACAGCCACACGAUGUUGUAAAUGAGACACGUGCAGCUCGUGUGCAUGGAAGCACAGGAAGAGGGGGUCUGGACAAAGGGGCAGUGCAGGAGGAGGUAGUGAUGGUUGAUGAAGAUACAACGCCAGGAGCGGUUGCCGCCGCUCUGAAAGCAGCGGAUCAAAUGAGUGGCCAAACUUUCAAUGACGUUGGACGUCUAGAUGAGGAGGGUGUUGCUGGCGGUAAAGAUCCACCACCUAGACAAUAAGUGAUCAAAGCUGACACAACCUACGGUGGACUUGAACGUUAAUAAUUCCUACACUUUCUUAUCUUCUUAUGUUGUCUUGGGCUUUUGCAUGUGUUGCUUGUGUGGAGUUUUUGCUUUGGUUUUUUGCUGGUGUCUUUGAUAAUAACUAAUAUCCAAACUAUACAAAGCUUUUGGACACUUCAGCAAGCCUGUUAGCCUCUUGAUUUUGUAAUCAGCUUAUGGUUGGUUGGUUUUGGGUUUUCUAGAAAAAGUUGGGUUGGGCUUUUUGAUGUCUAAUGCAAAUGGAGGAUGAAAAAUUGGCCUCUACUGAGGUUUUCUAGUAAAUGAAGAUCUAUAGUAUCUAAAUUUGAAGCGAAA